UUAAACCCUACCUAGGCAUGAUUCCGCCUCAUCCCCUCUGAUGAUCAAUUAGUUUGCACUCAAUGGCCAAUUAUGACCCGGACGAUUUCGUAAUAGCUCCCCAAACCGGCGCGUGCAGGGCGCAAGGGGGCUGACACUCCGCGGGGUUCGGCCGGUAUUUGCCGACCGGAAAUACUGAUCUCACGCACUGGGCCACUGAACAUCUGCAGCAAAACAAAUCCCGACUGGUCUAUUCUGGGCGGCAUCAUAUUUCGGCCUUCGGCGUGACACUUUAGAACCUUUGAAUUAUAAAGAGUGAGACGCAGAGGAUUCACGAAACCUGGCAUAAUUAUAUGUUUACUUGAUAAACAGUUUCAAUUCAUAUGCAUAUUUAAGUGUCUUCUUUUACGCCGAAGUAAGACAUCAACACUAUACUGCACACUCGUGUUUCCCAAAGCUACGAUAUUCUCAUGGGCCCUGCAACUCCAAUCUGGGAUGAAGAGUCAGGCGUGCCGGUUGGCAAUCCGCCACCAAAGAUCGAUACAGAAUCGUCGCCUCAGAAGCAGCAAACUCAUUACAAUGGCUGGCGUCGAGUUGUCAUCAACUUCACGCCGGCUUGGUUUAGCGUGAACAUGGGCACCGGGAUCACCUCGAUAUUAUUGCACAACUUGCCAUAUAAUGCGACGUGGCUAUAUUGGAUCUCAGUCGCGAUCUUUGUUAUCAACAUCGUUCUCUUCCUCGUGUUUUUAGCCAUCAGUAUCUUGAGAUAUACCCUAUUUCAAGGGAUGUGGACUGCUACGAUACGGCACCCCGCGCAGUGCUUAUUCUUGGGCACUUUCCCAAUAGGACUGGCCACAAUUAUCAAUAUGAUUAUCUACGUGUGUGUACCUGCCUGGGGUGGUUGGGCAAUCACGUUAGCAUGGGCAUUGUGGUGGUUCGAUACUGUAUGCGCGCUUGCGAUGAACUUAUAUCUUCCUUUUGUCAUAAUGUGUCACCACAAGACGACGGUAAAUACCAUGACAGCUACUUUGCUGCUACCAGUCGUAGGUACUGUCGUUGCGGCUGGAACGGGCUCUAUUGUGGCCGAUGUGCUUCCGAACGAUCAACAUGCGAUAUGGACUAUCAUUAUUAGCUACAUACUAUGGGGUUGCGGUCUUCCCAUUUCCAUGUUCAUCUUGGUGAUCUACUUUCAGCGCUUGAUAGUACAUAGUAUGCCUCCCCGAGAGGUUAUCGUUUCCGUCUUCCUUCCUCUCGGACCCCCUGGAUAUGGUGCUUUCGUGGUAAUUCAGCUAGGGAAAGAUGCACUCAAAGUUUUCGAGUCAAACAAAUUUAUCCCUGCUGCCCCAUUCGCAGCCCAAGUGCUAUAUACUGUGGGUAUUAUGAUGGCGCUCAUAAUGUGGGGGUUUGGACUCCUCUGGCUGUCCUUCGCAGUCGCAUCUAUCUCACGUCAAAGGUUCCCCUUUAACCUCGGAUGGUGGGGGUUUACCUUCCCCCUUGGCGUCUACGCCGUUGCAACGACAACACUUGGGAGAGAACUACCAUCCACCUUUUUCAAGAAUCUGGGCACUGCAUUGAGCCUUGUGGUAGCUUUGCUGUGGAUAGUGGUGAGCAUAGGGACUAUACGACAUGCCUGGCUUGGAAAGUUCACUCAGGCUCCUACCAUCCCAGAUUGGGAGGCCAACAAAUUGGCGCAUGAGGAACGACCAUCCCAUGAUUGAGCAUAGGCACGUCUUAAAUCUGACGGUGUAUAAAGUUUAUCCUGACCUCAUUAUUCAUUAUAGAUAGAGAUGUAGAUAUGGGUAUAGUUGGCUUUUCA